UCCCACCCCUCAGCUAGGCAGUCCCUCCACUCAGAGGGACUCUGCUUGUGCAGCACAACAGUGUAGCGGCGACGCUCCGUUAAAGGCCUGGCCUUUGAUAACCUGCCGGUGAUUUCUCCGGGAAAAAGGGGGGGUUUUCCGCACAGAGACGCUUAUUUCUCUCCAUUUUCUUCCGAAGCAGCAUGGCAGAAGCGGAGAUACAAACCUACACGUCCAUCAUGGACGCGCUGGCUCGCAUCAGCACCAACAUGAAGAGUAUGGAGCAGGAGCUGCAUUGCCCGGUGUGCGAUGGAAUGGUGAAGCAGCCCAUCCUGCUCCCGUGCCAGCACAGCGUGUGUCUGCUGUGUGCGGCUGAGGUGCUGGUGCAGAGAGGCUAUCCUCCCCCGGAUCUCCCCCCGGAGCCCAUCUCACCAGCCUCCACGCCCAAAACUCGCUCUCCACGGCAGACACGCAGGCCCGUGCCCAGGACCCCUGACCACCUGGAGCGGGUCCUCAGAACAGUAUGUGGGACAUACCCAGGGAGAAGGCGGAGGGAAGAAGCCCCUCCCCCCAUGCUGUUCCCCUGUCCUUCCUGUCAGCAGGAUGUGGAGCUCGGGGACAGAGGACUCACCGACUGCUUCCGUAAUCUCACUCUGGAGCGCAUCGUCGAGAGGUACAGACACACAAUAAGUCUGGGCAAUGUAGCGAUUAUGUGUGGCUUCUGUAAGCCCCCCCAGUCCCUGGAGGCCACUAAGGGCUGUGCUGACUGCAAGUCAAACUUCUGCAAUGAAUGUUUCAAACUCUACCAUCCCUGGGGAACUCCUAGAGCUCAGCACGAACACAUUCUACCCACCAACAACUUCCGACCAAAGGUUUUAACAUGCACAGAUCACGAGCAGGAGAGGCUGCAGUGGUAUUGCCGUAACUGCCAGAGGUUGCUGUGCCAGCUGUGUAAACUCCGUCGUGUCCACCACGGACACAAAGUCUUGCCCGUAGCACAGGCCUAUCAGGCCCUCAAGGACAAGAUUAGCAAGGAAGUCAACUUCAUUCUGACCAAUCAGGAGACGAUUCAGAGUCAGAUCGCUCAGCUGGAAGCUGCCAUUAAACAGAUGGAGGCGAACAGCGCCGUGGCUCUACACCAGCUGACUCACUGUAUCCGGGAGCUCGGAACAGCCGUCGCUGAGCGUCAGGGGACUCUAGCCAUCGCCUUGGAGGGAUCCCGAAGCAGAAGAGAGGAGGCCCUGUCCGCUCAGGCCUUUGAGAAGCAGGGGCUGAUGGAUCAGGCAGGUCUGAUGGCGUUCACCCAGGAGCUGCUCAAAGAAACCGAUGCUCCCUGCUUUGUACAAGCUGCAAGAGUGACACACAGCAGGCUGGUUAAAGCCAUUGAACACCUGCAGUGCUUCUCUCUCGCUGCUGACACCUCCUUUAGGCACUUUCACCUUGAUGCAUCCAAAGAGGUCAAGCUCAUCAACAGCUUGCAAUUCAUUCAAGCCCCUCUUGCUCCAGUCAUUGACACCCAGAAGACAUUAGCUUACGACCAGCUGUUUCUAUGCUGGCGCCUGCCUCAGGACUCGGCCCCGGCGUGGCACUUCUCUGUCGAAUACCAGCGGCGAGCCGGUGCCACGUGGGGCGGCAUCAGCUCCCCUAACUCAUCGACACCAUGGCUGCGGCUGAACGAAGUGAAGGGGACCAGCGCAGUGGUGGAUCGCGUGCAGAUGGACAGCGUGUACGUUCUCAGAGUGAGGGGCUGCAACAAGGCCGGGUUCGGAGAGUACAGUGAAGAGGUUUACCUCCACACUCCGCCCGCACCAGUUUUGAGUUUCUCCUUGGACUCUCGGUGGGGUUUGCAUGCCGACCGUUUGGCGCUGGGCAAAGGCCAGACCUACGCCCGGAGCGUACCCGGCCUCUCCCUUCUCCAAGCCGCCGACCGCGCCCUCACCUCUUGUCACUUAACGUCUGACCUGCUGGUGGCGGACUUGGCCGUCACUCAUGGCAGACACUACUGGGCAUGCUCAGUGGAGCCUGGAUCCUUCUUGGUGAAGGUAGGCGUUGGACAGGAGACUAAGCUGCAAGAGUGGUUCCAUCUGCCUCAGGACAUGGCGAGUCCUCGCUGCGACCCAGACAGUGGCCAUGACAGCGAGGCGGAAGAUGGCCAGGACUCCCCUCCCUUCUGCUUCCUCACCGUUGGCAUGGGUAAGAUCUUGCUUCCUAAAGGACACGCUCCUUCUCAGAGCCAGAGCGAGAGCCACAGCCAGGCGGCACUGCACUCCCACAGCGGCAGCUACAGCGGCAAGCCUCACUCCCACACCGCUCCCCUCCCUCCGCGACUCGGGGUCUGUCUGGACUGCGACAGAGGACAGGUCACCUUCUACGACGCCCACUCCCUGCGCGUCCUGUGGGAGGGACACAUGGACUGCUCUGCUCCGGUGUGUCCAGCGUUUUGUUUCAUAGGCGGAGGAGCGCUGCAGCUGCAGGACCUCGUGUCCAACAGGAGCAUCGAGGAGCCUCCGCCACGCAGGGUAACCAUUGAAACACGGGUAAAAAAAUUCAAGUAGGUAAACAGCGUCUGGGUGGACGUCACUAAAACUCCCAACUCAAGUUUGUCCAACGUGUUGAGCUAAAAGUGGCUUAACGGUUUAGUUUAUCUGGUCAAAUGUGGACGUUUCCUGUGAGUUUUCGUACACUCAUCAUGGGCAUGAAUCUCCCCUUUAAUUUGGGCUUUCAACGAUUUAUUUUAGCUGUUCUUUUUUCAUGAUGGACCAAAACAUGUCCAAAAACAACUGAAACAGCAGAAACGGAAGCAUUUAUUUCAAAUAUAGUCCACAAUCUCUGGUGUGCAUGAGGUCCAGAAGAUUUUUAUGCCCUGAUUUACCCUUCCCAAACCAGUUUUGAUGUGCGUUUGGGAGGAUUGUCCCCAUAGAGAACCCAACUGUGCCCAAGUUCAACUCAUCCGACCCGAACUGUUGCCCAGUAGGAAAAGAAAAUUGUUUAAGAUGUUCAGGAACAACCCGAUUACCACCAACACUCAAGCCUGCCAAAAAAACAGAAGGUGCUGGAACAGUAGUAGCUUAAUGCUUUGGAGCUGUUUCACCGCUAGUAGGCGGAGUAGUGAAAAGAGGAAGAUCUCCAAACUCUUUAACUUCACCACAAAUCAACAGCCAGAUGGUUGAAACUUUGAUGCUAUUGUGUUUUUUUUAACAGGACUGCUUUUGGUAUGGAUAGAGGCAGUUUAAAGCCGAUGCCAUACUCUUUCCUGUCAUGCCUUGUAUAUUGUUGUUGUGUAUUGUAAAAGAAAAGGGGUGGAAGUGAUCAUGGUUUUUGUGGAAAUUCACGUCCCGUCACAUCUUCAAAGUAUGUUUGUCUCUCGGUGUGCUCCUGAUCUGAAUAGUACAUGUGUAUUGGGUCAAGGAUGUGGAAAUCAGUGUUGUGAAGCAUCGCGACGGAGCGCUUUGGUUUUACCCUAACGACACCGGGCUGUUUUAUUAUGUUGAACUCGCAUUUUAGGAUCGACUUACUGUCUGGGAAUGAAGUUUCAGUGCUCUGUGAGGUUCAAAUUAAUCAAAGUAGGCCAUGCUGACAGGUUCAUUUUCAGUUUCAAGUGUCUGACAUGCCUGGACUGAAAUUUCUGGCUGCAGGCACCGUUCUCAGGCCCCCGCCACUCACUUGCGUUUUCCAACUCCCUUCCACUGACCCCCUAACCCCAACCUUAAUCAUAAACUUCAUAGUGAAAUUAUAUGUUGUUUAUUAGCCUAUGUUCAGCUGUGAAUCAGCAGAAUCCACGAACAGGUUUGUCUUCUGUGCAAGUGCUUAACCGAGUAUUCACUCUCCUGUGAAACUCAAUAAGCAUGUUUGCACCAACAUAACCCGCCGUUUUUUUUUUCUUUUUCUUUAUAAAACGGAUUUGCCCGUACAUAUACAGACACGUACACACUGUUCAUUUUAUCCUUUAUUUCCUCAAGGGUAUAUAUGUUUAUACUUAAUGUCCGUACUCUGUUGGCGCGUGGAGCUGAGGUUUAAUUGCUUCUUUGUGCACACAUUCUUAGCCUAUGAAGCUGAUUCAGAUUCUGAAGCACAUUCAUGAACCACAAAGGGGUUCAGACUGGGACUUUAGAGUGUUGUUAGGCCUUGGAGUGGAGUCCAGACUCUGCAGUUCAAUACUAUUGACACAGACUGCAUAACUUAGCGUAAAAUUAAGUCAUUUUAUGCCUGGGUCCAUUGCUGCGAUAUCUAUGCCGCAGUUGUACAGUAAAGCAGUUGUAAUUACUGCAAGGCAACCAUACUAAGGUCCACGAUUCAAAUCCCGACCAGGGGUCUUCCUGCCUGGAGUUUGCAUGUUCUCUGGAGAUUGGCACCAGUCCCCCGCCGCCCAUCGACCCUUCAAAGAUAAGCGGAUACAGGCAUUGGAUGGAGUCAAAGUAUCUUUAUUAGUCUCUCUGGAUAGAAAUUUGCCUUGGGUACAAGGAUCAGCUGCUUUGUACUAUAUAUUCAACCACUAAUAAAAGGACUCUCAGUAAGAUAAUAAAUAAAUAUUCAAUAGCAACAAUAGUUCAUAAAUCACAGUACGACUGAAACGUACUGUGAUUUAUGAACUAUUGUUCAUAAAUCUAUUGGUUUGAUUGGAUAUUACAUUGGUUUGAGUCACUUCGGUCGCAGUGGUGCACAUGUGCGUCAAACGUGGUCUGGUGGAGCUGCAAAAAGAGUUAUCUAAAUAAGCCAAUAACCCAACAAACUUCAUAUGAGAUUCAUGCCCUUGAUGAUGUGUGUCAACUUGUAUCUUGUAACUGCAUCACCGCUACUAUAUGGUGAAUGGUAUUUCAGUGCAGUUUUGAAAUACACAAUAAAUAUCUGAUGUUCUCCGGCUUUUACACUACAAAAAAAAAAAAAAAAAACAUAAUUUGUCUCCUUUGCCUCUUGUUUCCUGAACUGUAAAAUGAUCUCAUGGCCGUUGUGGCUAAAGUGGUGUUAGACUAUGCAGAAACCUGUUGACAGGGUGAGUCAAACCUGUUUAUCAUAGGUUGAAACUCUCACACAUGAAAAGACCGCUUGCUCUAUCUUAUUUUGUCCCAGAAUUAAGGGACAGAGUUGGUUGCAUGUAAGUGUAACUUAGGCUCCUUAUGCAGAUAUUUGACCUACCCCUUGUGAAGACACCUGAUAUGCUGAAUAUCUAAUUUUCUAGCUUCGUCUUUUUACGCAGUUUAAGAAAUGUGAAUUCACCAGAAUUAGAUAAAUGUGAAUAUUGGCAUUUGCCUCUGUUGGAAGCACACGUAACAGUAUCUGAACUACUACUCCCCCCCCCCCCUCUCUCUCUCUCUCUGUCUCUCUUUCUGUCUUUGCAUUUCAAAAGAACUUGCGAAGCUGCAUAAUUAUGCUCACGGCUGCCUUUGUGUUUUCCGAUUUCCACAGGAAUCAAAGUGAAGGAUGCCCUGAAUGAGUGAUGUUCUCUUUAUGCUGCUUGACUUCUAAACAUAUGACAACAGUUUGAGAUUUUUGAUUUUUCACAAAAGUGUUGACUGUUCAGUCUGGAACUGUGUGUCUGAGUCAUUUGCACACACAUUACAAAUGAUUAUGUGUAUAAAAUAUAAUAAUGAGGGGCUUAAACGGCUGAAGUCUUUUUUUUUUCUUUUUCGUUGUGUAAAACAUAGGGUUUUUUUUAUGUAGUGAAUAACAGAUUACUGAAAUAAUUGAAUGUUAUAUUUGGGGAAUGAAGUGGAGUUAAAUGGAGUUUCUUUCCUCCUUUAUUAUAUGUGUGUUUUCAAACUGGCUAAGACUGUAUUUUGAUGAUGAAUGUGGGAGUAAAGUGGAUGCGUGUGAGCUCCGGCUUGAUCUUUGAUAUUUUUCGUGUACCUUGCCUCCCUCCACUGAAAGAGACAUUAUUCCAAUAAACUGAUGUAUACAGGUUGGAGCGCAUCAUGUGUUUGUCGUACAGAUGUAUCGCACACACCUCACUGUGGAUAAUGUGUGGUUCUAGUUUUGAAGGUCUUAUAUCUGGUGUGGUCACUUUGUGGUGCAAUUUAUGCUCCCUUCAUUUUAGGUCUUUUUGAUUCCUUGUCUGUUUAGAUUUACACAUAGUCUGUCUCUCUGAAGUCUUUUUUCUGGGGGGAAUUUGUUUUUUUUUUUAAUCACUCUUCAUGUCUGUGUCAGUCUGGUCCUAUAACAUGUUGUCAGUCUACAUCUUUAAAAAGUCAUUUUGCUGUUUUUCUUUUCGUCUCUUUGUUUGAUGUAUCUUUCUAAGAUAAAUUGAAAGUCCUCACUGUCUCCACCGUGUCCCUUGGACCCCCAUGUGUCUGUCCACACGUGUUCUGUUUUGAAUUGAUAACCUAUUGUUGUAUGCCAGCACAGCACUUGAAUGGCUUUAGAUUGUAGCAUUCAGAAUUUUAAAAUUGCCUUGCUGGCAGAUUGCUUUCAUGUUGUCAUGAGAAAAUAAUAAAAGACUGAAAACUG